AUGGCAAACAGACAAGCGGACAAGACGGCAAAAGGACAAGCGGUCAAGUCUUCAAACGGACAAGAGAACAAGACGGAAAACGGACACGCGGUCAAGACCACAAAGAUACAAGCGGACAAGACAGCAAACGGACAAGCGGACAAGACGGCAUACACACAAGCGAACAAGACGGCAAACGGACAAGCGGUCACGGCAAACGGGCAAGCGGACAAUACCACAAAGAGACAAGCGAACAAGACGGCAAACGGACAAGCGGACAAGACGGCGUACGGACAAGCGGACAAGACGGAAAAUGACAAGCCGGCAAGACGGCAAACGGACGAGCGGACAAGACCGCAAAGAGACAAGCGGACAAGACGGAAAAUGGACAAGCGCACAAGACCGCAAAGAGACAAGCGGACAAGACGGCGUACGGACAAGCGGACAAGACGGAAAACGGACAAACCGGCAAGACGGCAAACGGACGAGCGGACAAGACCGCAAAGAGACAAGCGGACAAGACGGAAAAUGGACAAGCGCACAAGACCGCAAAGAGACAAGCGGACAAGACGGCAAACGGACAAGCGGCCAAGCGGUCAAACAGAAUAG